CCCAGAGCAUCAACAGUGCAACCAACACCUCUCCAAUCCAUCCUUCACAUCACCAUCCCAUCAAAAUGUCGCUGUUUGCAUCUCCAUCGUAUGCUCCUAGCGCUCACGCAGCUAGCGGUCCCCAGCAGCACGCCUUCAACCCCUACACCAAUAACGGCGGUUCGAUAAUCGGCAUCGCGGGAGAUGAUUUCCUCGUCAUGGCUGGCGAUACGCGACACACCUCCGGCUACAGCAUCAACUCGCGGACGGAAAAGAAGGUGUUCAGGCUCGGCGAAGACUCCAACUUGGUGCUUGCUACUGUGGGCUUCGGAGCGGACGCAAAGAACAUCGCCGAGACGAUGACGAGAGCUGUCGAUGACUUCAGAUUCCAGCACAACCUGCGGAACAUGUCGGUUACGGCGGCGGCGCAAUUCCUUUUCACCGUCCUCUACGGCAACCGCUUCUUCCCAAAGUACGCCCACUGCAUUCUCGGAGGUCUCGACAAGGAUGGCAAGGCGAAGCUAUAUUCCUACGACCCUGUUGGAUCGUAUUCCAAGGAAGGAGAGAGGCGCGCUGCGGCGGGCGCGGCCAGUUCGUUGAUCGUGCCGUUCUUGGAUAAUCAGGUCGAGUUCAAGAACCAGUACGUGCCGGGCACUGCCUUCACCCAAGAGAGGCCGGUGGAGUAUCUCUCAAGGGAGAAAGUCAAGAUGUUGGUCAAGGAUGCGUUUACGAGUGCUACGGAGAGACACAUCGAGGUCGGAGAUGGCCUGCAGCUGGUCACCAUCUCAAAGGAUGGCUACCACGAGGAAGUCUUUGAUUUGAAGCGUGAUUAGACCAAGGUUAAUCUAGAUGACCUCAAUGAAGUGCCUUUGAUGAAGCCUGAACAGGCAUGCAGUAAGAUUUUGGCAGCCUGAAGAUAGAACGUAUCACUCAAAACUCAU